AUGUACACUGAUCCCCAGAGAAACAAUGAAGUUAGAAGGCUCAGUCUUCCUGUGAAGGCGAUUGCGUUGGAGGAGGCUGAGAAUAUGGAGACGGAGCAGAAUACUGUAGAGGAGCCUGCCAUGGUAGAACAGACAGACGUGCCUAUAGAUUCAGCACAGAUACUACACACUUUACAACAUGCAAAACAAAAAAGGACGGAUAUGAUACCGCAGGAGUAUCCAGCUUUAGAAGGACGAAAAACAUCUGGGAAGUAUGGAUUGAAAGAUUUCCAGGUCAUGAGAACCCUAGGGACUGGGUCCUUUGGUAGGGUGCACCUUGUUAGGUCUGUUCACAACGGGAGAUUUUAUGCAUUGAAAGUUUUAAAGAAAAAUAUAAUAGUCAAGUUGAAACAAGUGGAACAUACAAACGACGAACGUAGAAUGUUGUCCUUAGUUUCCCAUCCAUUUGUGAUAAGAAUGUGGGGAACAUUCCAGGAUGCACAGCAAGUUUUCAUGGUAAUGGACUAUAUAGAGGGUGGUGAACUCUUUUCAUUAUUGCGUAAAUCGAGACGAUUCCCAAAUCCAGUGGCAAAAUUUUAUGCUGCUGAAAUCUGCCUAGCAUUGGAAUAUUUACAUAGCAUGAGCAUCAUUUACAGAGAUUUAAAACCUGAAAAUAUUUUAUUGGACAAAAAUGGUCACGUUAAAUUGAUUGAUUUCGGCUUUGCUAAAUAUGUUCCUGAUGUCACUUAUACCCUCUGUGGUACUCCUGAUUACAUUGCUCCCGAAGUGGUAAAUACUAAACCAUACAAUAAAUCGGUGGAUUGGUGGAGUUUUGGUAUCCUAAUUUAUGAAAUGUUAGCAGGCUAUACCCCAUUCUACGAUUCUAAUACAAUAAAGACAUACGAAAACAUCUUGAAUGCACCACUAAAAUUUCCAUCGUAUUUCAAUGCUGACGUUCAGGACAUUCUUGUCAAAUUAAUCAAUAGAGAUUUAAGUUCAAGACUGGGCAACUUACAAGGCGGUAGCGAAGACGUUAAAAAUCACCCAUGGUUCAGUGAGGUCGUAUGGGAUAAACUGCUUGCCAGAUAUAUAGAGACACCCUAUGAACCCCCAAUCCACCAGGGACAAGGUGAUACCUCACAAUUCGAAAGAUACCCGGAAGAAGAAAUCAAUUACGGUAUACAGGGAGAGGAUCCAUAUUAUGAACUUUUGCAGGAUUUUUAA